UCAUUGCCACCAUGCGAGACCUGAAGCGUAAAGACAAGCUGGUGGAGGCAGCAGGUGAUGCGUACGGGAAGAGCCUCUCUCUAGCUGUGUUGGACGUGUGUACGGACGAGUCAGUCAAACAGUGUAUCAACGGAAUCAAGGACAGACAUGUAGACGUACUCAUUAAUAAUGCAGGUAUAGGUCUGGUGGGACCGGUGGAAAGCAUCAGUAUAGCUGAGAUGAAGAGUGUGUUUGAGACCAACUUCUUCGGUAUCCGGAUGAUCAGACGGUGAUGGCCAGAUAUGAAGAAGGCGAAGGGAGGACACUCUCAAUGUGGUCAGCAGUUUCAUGGGAUACAGGGUGUUGUGUUUAAUGACGUGUAUGCUGCCUCUAAGUUUGUGGAAGGGUUUUGUGAGUGUCUGGGUCAGCUGCUCAAGUUUAACGUCACUAUGUCUAUGAUAGAGCCAGGCCCGGUCCAUACAGAGUUUGAAUCUAAGAUGAUUCAGGACGUCCGUCAGAAAGAGUUCCUGGCCGAUGCCGAUACCGUCAACUACUUUAAAAACGUCUACCUGCCCUCCUCCGUCGACAUCUUUGAGACGCUAGGACAGACCCCCGAUGACAAUUGCCAGGUGUACUAAGAAGGUGAUUGAGCAGGGCAGUUCUGCACGGUUCCGGAACCACCAACCCGCUGUACACGCCCAUCUGGCACUGAAGUAUGCAGAUGAGACGGGCGGCCUGUCAGUGCACGCCUUCUACCAUAUGUUGUUCAACCUGGGCCCUGAUGCACGUUAGCAUGAAGGCUAUGCAGUACUGACCUGUGGAUGUCUACGCUCCAGGACCAUCUCCCUAACUAGACAUGGACACACACACACACACACACACACACACACACACACACGACACACACACACACACACACACACACA